AUGGAUCAUCAACCCCCCGAUACCCCUUCUACCUCUACCAACCUCAUCGAUGUUCCCGCCAGGAAAAUCACUGAACGUCCCGACAUCCUGAAUCUCCUCACCCUUUCUGAGCUCACGGAUAUCCUCAAGAAGAUCGACGAUGAAAGCCCUACCGUCUCGUUUCCCACGAUGGAGCUCAUGAAGACGUUUAACCGUCUCCCACCUGAAAUGCGACUCGAAAUCUGGGAAGCCAUCGCGCCCUCGGGCCGGGAUGCCAUCAUGGGUCCCUAUGAUGUCCCAGAAGUUUCAGAUGAGGACGACAAUUACAACGACCUGGAUCAUGGCCAGUUAACAAGUGUCCUGCACACUCGAGACCCUCUAGUGAUGAGACAGGUUAGCCGAGAGGCAUUGAACGUCUGGACCAAAGCGUCUAUUGGGCAGCUGUUCAUGCCCCUACACGAGGACGCGCUUGAGCACUUGCAAGAUCUAAUCUUCGGAGUUGAGUCCAUCGCCACGUUGUGGCCCUUGUCAUGGCAGCUCAAGAAGUUGUUCGACGCUCUUCUUAUUCGUCAUGAGCGCGGCUGCAAACCGGUGAAGACUGUUUAUGUUGGAGUAUCGGUUGUUGUGUGUGAGCCAUACGUCAGCCCGAUUGCAAAUUCGCAACUAGGCGAAUACAAGUUUCGCGUCUUUGCCCUGGAUGAUGAGAAGCUACCCACCUUUAUUGACAACUGUAACGCUCGGCGACGUUACCACAACUCCAAAGAGUGUUAUCUCACACACCUCCAGGAGUACUGGUCUAAACACAAAGACCCCCAAGAGUUGCGCGACGUCUGGAACAAGUGCAUAUCAGAAAACGAGAACAAGAUAAGCCCAGAGCUUAUUCCAGUUGUUGUUGGGACCGAAUCCGCCCACGAGAUUGUGUACCGAACCUCAUCACUCUUCCGUUCCGACGUCAAACAACAAAAGCUUGCCUAUUCUGUGCAAACAUAUGGGUGGAGCAAGGAGUGGUUCGAACCAGGAGGACCUCGUCACUCGUUCCCCCUUCUACGUCGAGCGAGAUGUUCGAAGUGCUGGCCUGCUGAUGCCACUUACUACACACUCCUCGACGCUGAAGUUCCUGCUCGAGACGUGUUGGACUUUUUUGCUCACACUGGAUAG